AUGCAAAAGCGGUACUCGCGGCCUGCGUCCAUCACCAUCUCGGGCCUGCUGCCCACCGACCGUCUAGCGUCUGGCGCAGCCGUCUCAUCCAGCCCGUCGAGCAACGGCGGCACCAUCACAUCCACCACCAUCACCUCACCCAACGACGCGAGCACACCCAUCACGUUCACCGUCACCACGACCUACCUCGACGAGCAGCAAAGCAACAGUGCCACCGGCACACCUCCCCCAUCUAUCCAAGUCACUCAGCCUGGUGGUUCAUUCAACAAUAACAUGCUCGAGCAGCCAUCCUCGGCCAACAGCACUAUGGUCGACCGCAGCUACCAAAGCAACCGUCGUGCACACAAGCUCGAAGACAUCCAAUACCAACAAUUCAUCGAGGAGCAUCAAUUCCUCAAAAAUCAAUUCCAACAACAAGGUGGUGCUGCCAAUAACAACAGCAACAAUACAGCAUCAUCUUCUUCAUUUGAUAAUAUUGGACGGUCGUAUAGACGUAGUACUAUGUUUGUCGCACCUUCCUCCUCCUCAAAUACUCAGCAACAACAACAGCAGACACCACCAAGCAAUGGCGGUAUAGUAGUACCACCAACCGCACCGACUGGUGUCGACGAGUAUGCUAGUUUGCAAUCGAGUAGCGGGUCAUUUAUCAACAACAACAUUACAAAGGCCAACAUUCAACAACUCAAAGAAAAGAUUGACCGUUAUUCAAAGGAAAAGAUGAGGGAGUUGCGCGAAUCGCAGAGCAGUAUUCGUACAUCCACCUCGAAUCUCGUGCCACAGGGCUACGAGCGUGUUGGCAACAGCAGCGCCGCCAGUGCCGGUGAUCCAGUCCCCAACAAGGACAAAUUGUACAGAUACAGCAUUGACGUGGAGCGCUUCAAAGACAACCGUCGCAAUAGUCGCGAUAUUGGACGAGAGAUUGAACGUGAGAUUAACAAGCGUCUCAGUCCACGUGAGAGAAUCUCAAUGUUGUUGGCAAAUCAACAAGAAUACACCACUACCAAUAGUCCAGGUGGUGGAGCGGUAGGAUCAGCACCCGUCAAUGGUAGCAACAACAGAAACUACCGAUACAGUAACCAACCAUUUGGAGGUAGCAACAAAUACGUGACACGAGACAGCGGAAGUGACCGCAGCAACCGAAACAGUAAUAGAUUUUCACGUGACAGUUACAAAGACUACAACUACAACGACGAAGAGGAAAUGUACAAUAGAGAAGAGAUGUAUAACAUCCAGAGACAACGUUCACAGAGCUGUUUUGAACAGCAACAAGAUCCAAUUAAUGUGGUUAGUGGUAGUAGUAAUGGUAUUGGUAGUGGUAUUGGUGGUAUUGGUAGUACUCUCAACAACAACAUUAAUAAUGUCAAUACAAACCGUCAAUCUGGUAGUUAUCAAUCAGUACUAUUGGAACAAAAGAUGGACAAGAUUAGAGAGACUAUAAACAAUAUAAAGAUUGAUCGUGACAGAGAUAAUACUAGAAACUCGAGAGACUAUACCAACCAUAUGCGCGAUAUCGAUGAACUUAGACAAUCACUACAAAAGGAAAGUGAGACCUCUGAAUUCUUUGCCAUCAAGAGUUUGGAACUCGUUGAAAAGCUCAGAAAGGAAGAGGAAAAGAAUCUCAAACUAAUGGAAGAGUUGAGUUUGAUGGAAUCUUAUUUCCACCUCAAAGAAAAGUUAAAGCGUUCAAAGAGACAAUCUACCACCAAACAAUUACUAACUAGAAGUCGUUCACCAACUCUUCCAACCAAUAUGAAUCAUCCUUCUACUUCACCAAGUUUCUUUAAUAUUCCAUCUCCUACUACUACUACCACCACUUCUACUUCUUCAACUUCAACAAUGAAUCAAUAG